GAGUCAUGUGCAGAAAACCUUUAUAAUUAUCAGAUUGUGAGUAAUUUCAAAAGUGAAAUAUUACAUAUAUACUGCAAUCAGUGAAGCCAUGAUAGAACCCCCCUUGUCUGGUGCCAGUCUUUCUAUCAAGAGCUUCAACUCUUAUAUUUAUAUAAGCCACAAUUUACUCUCCCUUCCAUCAUACCGGUCUCUCUAUAUCUCUCUCUUCUUCUGAAAAAUGGAGGGAGAAGAAAACAAAUCAUUCUUGAGCUCACCAUUGAUUCCAGUUUAUGAAGAAGAUGGAGUAAUCUCUGAAGAGGAAAGGAGCCAUGAGAAGUGGUUCAAGAAAGAGGAUGUUAUAGAAGAAGUGAAGAAGCAGUUGUGGUUAGCAGGGCCUCUUAUAUGUGUCAGUAUAUUACAGUACUCUAUUCAGAUCAUAGCUGUCAUGUUCGUUGGCCAUCUUGGUGAGCUAUCACUAUCUGGUGCUACCAUGGCACUCUCCUUCACAUCAGUCACUGGUUUCAGCUUGCUUAUGGGAAUGUCAAGUGCAUUGGAUACAUUAUCUGGGCAGUGCUAUGGUGCAAAGCAAUAUCAUAUGAUGAGCAUACACAUGCAGAGAGCAAUGUUUGUUCUUUUACUUGUGUGCAUACCCCUCGCUAUCAUUUCCGCCAACACAAGAAUCAUCUUGAUAGCUCUAGGCCAAGAUAUUGACAUAUCUACCGAAGCUGGAAAAUUUGCACGCUUCAACAUCCCUUCCCUUUUUGCAUAUGCACUUCUUCAGUGUCUUGUGAGAUUCUUACAGACUCAAAAUAUUGUAUUUCCAAUGAUGCUGAGCUCUGGAAUCACCACUUUACUGCAUAUCCCUAUAUGUUGGCUUCUUGUGUUUAAAUCUGGACUUGGAGGCAGGGGAGCGGCACUGGCAAAUUCCAUCUCUUACUGGAUCAACGUGCUAUUUUUGGUUAUUUAUAUCAGGUUCUCUUCAGCAUGUGCGAAAACUUGGACAGGCCUUUCGAAGGAGGCCUUUCAAAAUGUUCUUACAUUUCUCAGACUCGCUAUCCCAUCAGCUGUCAUGGUCUGCUUGGAAAUGUGGUCGUUUGAAUUGAUUGUUCUUUUAUCUGGUCUUCUUCCUAAACCAGAGUUGGAAACCUCAGUGCUUUCUAUCAGCCUCAAUACUGCAGCUAUGGUUUGGAUGAUCCCUUUUGGACUCAGUUCUGCUGUGAGCACUCGAGUUUCAAAUGAAUUAGGAGCAGGGCAUCCAAAAACAGCACAGUUAUCAGUAUGUGUCGUCUUAGUCAUGGCCAUUACCGAAGGUUUAUUGGUGGGAUUAGUCCUGAUAUUAAUCCGCAACUUCUGGGGAUACGCUUAUAGCAACGAAACAGAAGUGGUUGAUUAUCUGGCGACCAUGAUGCCGAUACUUGCUACAUCCAACUUCUUGGAUGGCCUCCAGUGUGUUCUUUCAGGCACUGCAAGAGGAUGUGGGUGGCAGAAGAUUGGAGCAUAUGUUAAUCUUGGGUCGUAUUAUUUGGUUGGAAUUCCAUUGGCUGUAUUAAUGGCAUUUGUGUUGCAGAUUGGUGGAAAGGGGCUGUGGCUGGGAAUCAUCUGUGCACUCAUUGUUCAAGUGUUGUCACUUCUUACUAUAACUAUACGAACCAACUGGGAGAAAGAGGCUAAACAAGCUGCAGAAAGAGUAUAUGACUCGGCAGUUCCAGUUGACAUAGUUUCAUGAACCUGAAUAGUGAGUUAAUGACUGAUGGACGACACUGGAGAAAAUCAAGAUAGCAUGUAUUGGUUCACGAAUAAAUCCUUGAAAUAAUAAAGCAUCCUUUGUUUUUUCUGAUGUAUUUCCCUUUUUUAUUUUAAGAACUUCAACUGAUAUGAGGACUAGGCUUGGGAGACAGAUUGAGCAUGUACUUACUAAUUACUAUAUAACAAUCCAGAAUGUAGGUUGCUUGCUAAUUCUACCAAAAAGGUUAAGGAUCGAGGAUGGAA